CGUCGUGCAUCGCGCUGGCUGCGACAGCCAUUAUACAGUGCAGACAGUACGCAAAAUUUUUGUUGCUCCGUUUUGUUUACGCGUCACGUUACGUACAUGCGUGCAUGCGUAUUGUGUCGUAUAUAACCGCGCUGUGUCGUACUAUAAAUUUCAACUCAUUCCUCGUGGUGUGUGAGAACAAUAUGCCCAGUAAAAAGAGAAAAUACAACGCCCGUUUUCCAGCGGGUCGUAUCAAGAGGAUUAUGCAGACGGACGAGGAGAUCGGGAAAGUUGCCCAAGCAGUGCCGAUAAUAAUUUCUAGGACUUUAGAACUUUUUGUACAUUCGUUGUUGACCAAGGCCAUGCAAAUAACAUGUGCCAAAAAUGCCAGGACUCUAAGUCCAACUCACAUGAAGCAGUGUAUUAUGUCGGAGAGCCGAUUUGACUUUCUGAAGGAUCUGGUAAAAUCUCUGCCUGAUGUACCAGCACCUGAUGAUGAAGUGCCUACACCACCUGCAACUCCAGCAACAUCAGCAUCAGCAUCAACAACAAACUCAGCCACUAGCAAUGCAACACAUUCUGAACAAGAGCAUCCAAAGCAAUCAGACUUACCAAAUGCGAAUCACAAAAACACGAAAGAUAACCAAAAGAUUGCCACGAAGGUAGCCCCACAGGUGCCACAAUUCGAGAUGUCCAUACCUGUGUCCUUUCAGAUGAAUCAACCAAACUUUUAUAUGGAACUCAAUUCUACCAAUUUAAGUGAAAGCACAAGCACUCGAGCGACAUCAAAUUCCACUUAUACUGCCGGCAUCGACGAGGAUUAUGAUACAUAGUAAUCACCUCAGAUGAAUUCUAGGAUGUUAAAAAUCUUUGUUGAACGUGGAACACGAUUAGAGGACAGUAGUGAUAACGCGCUUGUAUCAGCAGCGCUAAUCUUACAAUCACCACGUCGCCUAUGGACUAGUGUUAUCUGAUAUGUUUGGUUUGGAGUGAUUUCUCUUUUAUUUAUACAGGAUGGUUUCCCAGAACCACGUGAGGUAAAUAUUAUUUAAAAAUAUUACAACUUUUUUUUGAGAGUUCUUUCAAAUAAAUCUUUCAAAAGUUAUUUUCCUAUUUUUUUAAUUAUUUUAUCUAAACGAAUACUUAACACAUCAACAAUAAUUUAUUUCACUUUUAAAGAGUUACAAAUUCUGAAUAUAAUGAUUCCUUCUUUUCAAUCAUUAUUUAUAGAAAUAUGUAAGUUCACGUCUUCUAUGCCAUCCUGUAUCAAGCGACGCGGUAGCAUCGCGACGCCCUCUCAAGUACAUAAAAUAUAAAAUUAUAUUAAAUAACGAAAUUUUCAAUUUUAGUUUUCAAAUUUAGUUUUUCUACGAAAUCCAUUAUCUUUGUGUGGAUUUCAUAUAUAUUCUAUACAUAUAUACAUACAUGUAUAUGUAAUAUAUAUAUAUAUAUGUAUAUAUAAUAUAUUUAUGUAUAUAUAUAUAUAUAAUAUUUUCUUUUUGUUUCGUAUUUCUUACAUAUUUGUAUUGGUUUAUUGAAAUAAUGUCAAAUCGUGUUGUUAGAAGCAAGAUGAUUUGAUCGACAUUGUUGAUAUCGUAUUGUGGUACAAGUAAUCACUGAUACGGUUAUAUAAUCGUUAUGUCUUUUGCAAAGUCAUUGCCUCUCAACAUUGUUACCGUUAUUACGUAAAAACAAUUGCGCUUACUUCAUUAAUUUGCGUUUAGGCGAGGAAAUAUUAACAGGAAGCGAGACGGAUGAAUAAUCGUAUCAAACGAAACGCUGUUCCGUUCAAUCGGUAUUCUCUGUAGCUAUAAAGACAUUUUUAUAGUACUUUUAUUGUAUAUCCUCGAGCUUCGAUGCGCAGUAUAGCGUUGUUACAUCUUUUUUUUUUUCAUAACUGCGUAUGAAAAUUUCGAACGAAUUCUUUCUCUAUCUUCGGCUUGAUGGUAGACUACGCGGAUUAGCCAAAUUUCGCCUCGGAUAGUACGAUGAUCUCAUAGAAACGAAAGAUUUUUUAGAAAAAUAAUCUUGCUCAGAGACUUCGUUAAACCGCACAGCCAAGGGAGCCGAAACGCAAUACAAGUACAUGGGAAAAGAUUACAAGGAAUCGAGAGAAACCCGAAUUUUUCGCACAUGCAUUUUGUAUAGAAGGAACUUUAUAACAGACGUUUGAUGUAUACGUUUGUGUAUACGAAAGAUAAUUAACGUGGAUUUAAGUAAUGUAUUGAUUUCGAAGGUCAUUCCUUUUACUCUUUUCUCCCGAAGUACAUAUACGCAGUAUGACAACGCUAUACAGUUAACUCGACUCACACGAUCGAGGUAUGUUUUUGAUGUUUAACAAAACGGCCCAUGGAACAUCAACGUAUCAUAUAUGAUUCUAUAGAGACACGAUGUUCGAUGCACAAGUGCGAUUUCCAUCAUAAUCUGUACAUAUAUCGGGUCGAACGCGAAGAAAAGCAAUUAGAUAAGAGCGAAUUAUACAUAUAUGUAUUCGUCGAGCGUUUCUUGUACCUUUUUCUUCGGCUCACAAUUCAUCACUACACACUACACAUUGUAAUAAAACGCUUACACUAUUUGAA